GUAUUGUUACCAAAGUCAAAGCGAUUGUAAAUAUGGUCAAGUUGCACGUAUUGAACGUUGCACUCUUUAUUUUUAUCAAUUCAUGUAGUGGUGAACUUUACAGUUCAGUGGAGCAAAUACGAAUGUUACUUAAAACGCAAAAAAGUGUAAUUGAUAGUCUUGUGAAAUAUGUUAAUUCGGAAGAGAAAAGGCUAAAAAUUGUAAAAAGGUAUUUAAACAUUUUCACAACUGAACACGCCAAAGCAAGUCGUGAAGUAGAAAAUUAUUUAGCAAACCCGAUCAACGCAUACACACUAAUAAAAAGGUUGUCUACCGAUUUUGAUUAUUUAAAAAUGGUGGCAUCAAUAGCGACAGAUUAUGAAUUUGACUCAAAACUGUUGUAUCCUACUGAAAAAGAUACGGCCGGAGCAGCUCUGGGUAUAGCGCGAUUACAAGAUACAUACAAAUUAAAUGUCACACGUCUCGCCGGAGGAAAACUCAAUGCUCGAUUAGGAAACAAAAAGCACAUGUCAAAAACAUUCUCUCCAAUGACAGCAAGCGAUUGUUUCAACUUAGCUCUGAAGCUGUACAAGCAUGAAGAUUAUCAGAUAGCAGUCCACUGGUUCAUUGAGGCACUUGAAAAAUUCAGUAAUGAAGAUCGAGUUGUGAACCCUUUCUCCGCUGCAGACAUCAUGUCACACAUCGCCAAAUGUUACCAUUAUUCGAAGAAUGAAAGUGAUGCCUUAGCAUGGGUAAACAAGAUAUCCCAAGUAAAUCCACGUGAAGUCGAUGACGAUCCCAUUCUGCGUUACUAUUCACAAGGCGUUCUUGAUAAAGAAAUGUUGCCUGAGGAUAACCGUCAUUCAAAAGAGGUAGAUAGUUGGCGAAAAAUCAGAGUAUCGGCAAGUGCAUGGAAAAUGUUCGCAGAACUGUGUCGAAGCGAAAUUGACGUCCCAACCCAAAUUGCACGCAAGUUACAUUGCUUCUACCUAAGAAGAAAUGCCUUCCUUCAAUUAGCGCCCAUAAAAACGGAGCAGCUACUCCAGAAACCCGAUGUUUUUCUUUUUCACGACGUUCUAAAUCAAAACGAAAUCGAUGCCAUUAAAAAGACUGUUGGACAUCGGCUAAAGCGUGCAUUGGUAUACACUAAUAAUGAAAAAAUACGAACAGAGAGUCGUGUUAGUAAAUCAGCAUGGUUAGAUGAUAUCGACCACGAUGUAAUAGCGAGAAUGUCACAACGUAUAGAAGAUUUCACUGGCAUGAGUACGACACAUGCUGAACAGCUACAAAUAGCCAACUAUGGUAUUGGAGGGCAAUACAAUCCUCAUUAUGACUUUGAUAAGACGGGUAAACACCACGGCGAUCGUGGCAACAGACUAGCUACCGUACUUUUUUAUAUGUCAGACGUGGCUUAUGGCGGAGCUACGGUUUUCACUAGACUGGGCUUGUCAGUGCCACCUAUCAAGGGGAGUGCUCUGUUCUGGACAAAUCUACUUUCAUCGGGAGAUGGAGAUAACAGAACUUUGCAUGCAGCAUGUCCUGUUUUGUAUGGAAAUAAAUGGGUUGCCAAUAAAUGGAUUCACGAAGCUGGUCAAGAACUAACACGCCCGUGUCCUCUUGUACAAGAAACAAUGCCAGUACAGUUUUGGAAGAAAAAUAAUCAACCUAAACAAAACGCUCCGAGAAAGUCUUAGCUUAGCCUUUUGUUCGAACUCUACCUAAACCGUGUGCGUGUGAUAUAUUUUUGUAAAUAUUUUAUAUUAUCGUGUGUUUUGAUGCUACACCCGUUUGUUUUCUAUUUCAGUAAACUAAUUGAUUGAGUUUUUUUUUAUCGAGUAACUAUAACAUUUUCAGUUGACAUUCAAACCUUGCUCGCCGUAAGUAAGACGUAAAUCACACUUGCGUCAUCACUUCACUUUUGUGAAACAACUAUUUCUCGGGGUAUGUACUAUGUACACUCUGAUCGGGCGAUCGUUUGGUUGUGGAAACUAAUAAACUUACAAGUACACAUUGAUACUAUGAUCACGAUUAUUAUAAUUGUGCUAUAAAUUGUGUUCAUAAAUUCGCUACAAAAC